AUAUGUGAAACUCAUUGUUCCAAAAACAAAACUUGUCCUGGAAAUAUUCCAUAUUGCACUGGUUUGCAUAUAUGCAAGUUUUAUUUAUUAUCUGGAAAGUGUCCGUUUGGAGGCCAGUGCACAUUUGGUCAUGAUCUGACAAUCUCCCACAAUAUGCACAUUUUAAAAGAAAAUUUUUUGGAUGGUAUUGCAGUAGAGGAUUUAAAAUUCCUUUUUGGACGGGCAGAAAGUCGAACGUCUGUGACGGCGCCAAAAAUAUGUAAAUUCUACAAUGUUGAGGGAGGAUGCAGAUAUGCCGAGUCAGGAAAACUUUGUCCAAAUUUACACAUCUGUAAGCACUACAUUCUAGGCAGAUGUCGAUUCGGUAAAACAUGUCGCAGAAGCCAUGAUAUACUUGAGCGUGGUGUGAAAGAAAUCCUUGAAAAGCAUGGAAUUAGUACAUUGAGAACGCCAAAGGAAAUUAUAGCAGACUUACGAGAAGCAGUAUCAAAUGCAGGUAGUGAGGGUAGCAGUGUUGGGUCGUCUCCUCUACACAGGGGUAUGUCUGGAUUGAGUAUUGGGUCAGGAAAUUACGAUGGGAACUCCAGUUCAGAUGACAGUGAUGGGUACGGUAUUAGCCAGGCAAGGGGAAGGAAAGGUAGGAACAAAAGGAAGCCGAAGCAUAACGUUCCCUCAGGUCUUCCAAGACCUCCAUUGUCACGAGAAAGACAGAGCCCCCUACCAGGACAAGGUCAGGCUGGUAUGUCUUUGUCAUAUCCAGUAUUUGCUCCAAGACCAGCUGGGCUCCAAACAGCCCAGAAACCACCUCGACCAGCAUCAGCUCAGAGAUCUGUUGGUCCACAGGCAGCACAGAGGACACCACGUGCUUCCUCGGCACACAGGCAAGCACUCGCUGCAACUGGGAGAGCAGGUAUAAGUAGAGAGAUCUCAACAGACCAAAACUCUCGUCAGGUCAUCUGUUUCUUUCAUCUGCGUGAUCGCUGUGCAUUCGGAGAAUCUUGUCGUAAUUUCCAUGGUGACCUGCCGUAUCAGUGGUUAUACAAGCAGCAACGGGAAAUGGAGUGGCAGAUUCUGCCAACAGUUGUAAACCUAGAGAUGGAACUGACCUACAGUGACCCAGAAAACUUAGAGUAUUACAUGGAUAUAGGUCAAAGUGUAAAGGUAAUAUUUAAAACAAUGACGGGCACAAGUGUUGGCGGACAAAAAUAUGACAUUCAUAGAUUGUCAACUUCAUCUUCUGUAGAGUUUGAACGACAGCCAUUAACAACUGUGUGGAAUUGGUAUUGGAAAGAUCAUGUUGGUCAGUGGGUAAAAUAUGGAGAGGAUAAUAACACUGGAUACAAGUCCAAUAUAUCUAGCACUGAUCUAGAGCAGGCCUAUAUUGCCAAUCCAGAGUGUCAGCUUGCAUUCAGCACUCUUGGACACAAGUACGUUCUUGACUUUCCGAAGAUGGUACAACGUAACCUUGAGUAUGAAACAGAACGAGAAGUUUCCAGACGACCUACAUUUAUCAGCAAACAAGAUUUUGAACAGAAAAAGAAGCAGUUGCCAGGUGGACGUGGCUCAGGACAAGUGAUAAGAGGUGCAGCUAGUGGCGUUGGCACUGUAACAGCUCCACCCCAUUGGCAAAUGAAUGCUGGAAUAGAUAUAAUGGACCAUUGUCAGAUUGUUGAGAUUUUAAAACGAUACCCGUCUACACAGAAAGAGUAUAAGGAGAUAGAAGGAUUGUUUUGUGAGAGCAUGCCCAGCACAGUGUCCAUCAAGUCUAUAGAGAGAAUAGAAAAUGGUGACCUCUGGUGUUACUUUGUCAGUAAGAAAGCACGGAUGCAGAAGAAGAGCAGUAGUAAAGAUAUUGGAGAGAGACGCUUAUUCCACGGCACUACUACUAGAUAUGUGGAUGCUAUCUGUAGGCAGGGAUUUGACUUUCGACUCAGUGGACAAAAAUCAGGUACAAGAUAUGGAAAGGGUAGCUAUUUUGCAACUACUUCAAAAUAUUCUGACUGUUACACAGAUUUGGACAACAAGGCCAUGUUCAUUGUCAAAGUGCUUGUCGGGGAGUACGUCCAGGGCAAGAGCGAGUAUGUUCGGCCACCCAGCAAGGAUAAGACCAAUCCCUGUAGUGAUCUGUACGACUCGUGUGUAGAUGAUAAAAAUAAUCCAAAAAUCUUUGUCAUAUUUGACAACAAUGGACAGGUGUAUCCGGAGUAUGUAGUGAAAUACGAGUACAAAUAUUAACAUUAGAUAGCCAUACAUAAAUAAAUUCACUUAUUUUUAUGCUUUUAGCAGAAAACAAGAAAAAUAGAACAAUGACGUCCAUGAUAGGAAAGAUCAUCUGUAGAAAACACUAGUUUUGAAAAAAGUGGAAAAAAAAUGUUUAUUUUCUUUUAUAGAUUUCUCACCUGUACUGUCCCUAGUCAUUCUGCAACCUUGCAGCUAAUGCCUUUAACUACUGACAAUAUGAGCUGUCAUGUAUUUACCGAGUGGAAGCAUUUUAAGCAAUUGUACAUUAUGUCUUUUUUACAGUCAGUAGAAAGACAAGUGGUAUCUGCCACUUAUGACCACUACUAUAAAUUAAGAAUCUUAUUGAUUCAAUAAAAAGUGUCAUAAAUUAGUAAUUUUAAGCUCAGGUUUUGACUCUUCAAGUGCAGUUUCUGAAAAAACUCAUUAUAGGUCAUAAGAACUACUUACAACCUUUCAUUAUAUUUAUUCGCCAGAAAUGAAAGGUUGUAAAUAGCUGUUGGCAAUCGGCCUAAAGGCUUUUAGAAUAUUUCCUGAGUUCUACCAUUCAUUUCAUUAAAAAUUUAAACCAAAGAUCUCAGAAAGAAACACAAUUCUCUGUUACAUAUUGAUGCUUUUGGUGUGUAAACCUUUUUUCUGUUAUGAGUGUUGAUUGUAGGUUGAACAAAAUCAAAAGCAAUGUUAAAAAUAUUCAGGGUUGCCACCAAUUAUGGUAAGUCAGGGAUUAUUUAUAAGGUCAGUGAAUUGUCAGCGAUUUUUGAAAAUGUUUCAGUAAAUUAAAAUAAAAAAAUUCAGAAAAAUAAUUUCUUUUUGCCAAAAUAUUAAUUUUAGCAAGGAUAUCAAAUCAGUCUUAAUAGAAUUAUUGCACAAUUUGUUCUUAGUUACAGGGGAUAAACUUUCUUUUUUACUAAUACAUGUACCUUUUGAUUGAGUAACAAAAAAGAUAAUUUCAAAAAUAUAGGUAUUUGCCAUAAAAAGAAUAAACAGUAAAAGCUUGCAUUGACUGGUUGUAGGGGAGAGUGGUGCGGAUGAAAUAAGAUGGUAGUCGUCAGUGAAAAUAAUACUUUGGUUAGGGAAAGGUCUGGGAAUUCUGUUUGUCCUUGUUGGUGGCAAUCCUAAAAAUACAAGGGGCUGUCAGUGAUAGAGAUGAUCCGUAUCAAAUUGGAUUUGUGUGAGAUGAUACAUGAUAUAGAAGAGUUUCAUUUCUCAGUUAUGAUUGAUAACAAAUGACGCAUUAAAACUUUCGAAGUUGUAUAAGGAAUAUUGCAAUUAGAUGUACCAGUAUUUCUGAAUAAUUAAAUGCUGAUGGUAAAUAUUUCUUUCUUGCUUCAAAAUAGAGAGGUUGCAUUUUGAUACUGUACCAGAAAUACAUAUGUUUAAGAUUUCGUUCUUGAUCUUUAACCAUUAGCCUGCUAAAUUUCCAAAAUGGACUGGUAUAUGAUUCAAUGUGGGCAGUACCAUUUAUUAUUUAAAGGGGCAUUCAAUGAAAAUUUACUAACUGAAUAGUGAACAGUGCAGACCAUGAUCAGACUGAACUGAUGUGCAGGCUGACCUUGGUUUGCUCUGGUCGCACAGUCAGAAUCACUUGCUGCCAGCAGACUAAAGGUUAAUAAAUAUCAGAGUUGUAAAAAAAUUAAAACAUUGCAGACUACAGACAAAAUGAUAUGUAUCCUGACAUUAACCAUUGUAUAUGUGAAGCAAACUUACACAAUGCCAUUUUAAAACAGAUUUACCUGUAGAUAACAAUUUGAUCAAAUUUGUCUGGUAAUUAUUAUCAGAAUGUUAUGUAUAGAGAUUUACUACAUUGUACACAUACUACAAAACUGCAACCUCUUCUAAUGUCUUUGCUAAAGCAACUUCAUGAAAAGCACCAAGAAAACACAUAACUUGUGUGUUAUUUUAAAAUAUGUAAAAAUUUGUAUACUUACUGUAGUAUACAGGAUUGUCCAUCAUUGACGGCCCUUAAAAAUCAAAUAAAAAUAAAAGAAAAAGUGACGACUGAAUGGUUGGUUUGACGAGUGUUUUCUGUGUUAAAUACAUGUAUAGUGAUAUAUAUUUUUAUUACUUACAUGUACAUUUUCUGUUGAUAAAACUGUCUUUAUAACACAAGUUGAAACAAUAUCUUGUAUUAUCACUGGCUUAAUGUUUUCUGAGCCAGUUUUACCCUAGUUGAUCUAUUUGAUGGAUUUUAUAUUAAUACAAUACCUUGUAUCAAUAACUUUAGUUUCUGAAUCUAUAUCAUUCUAGUCAGUUGGUUUGAAAAGCUAGUUUAUGCCCCCAACUGUAGGCAUAUUAAAAUUGCAUCAUCCAUCAGUGUAAAUUCUUGUCAGGGCUGUAGCUCUGCUAUCCAAAGGGAAUUCAAAAUAACUUGGCAUAAAUGUUCACCAUAAUGAAAAAACAUGUCAUGUACAAGACCAAGACCCCAAGCUCCAUGGUCAAGGUCAGACUUAGAAGUCAAAGAUUAAUAGGGUCUGUUUCGUGUCAGGUUCAUAACUCUUGCCAUUCAUCAGGGGAUUUUGAAAUUACUUGACAUAAAGUUUCCCCAUAAUGAGAUGAUGUGUCAUGCGCAAGAUCCAGACCCCUAGCUCUGAGGUCAGGGUCACACUUAGAGGUUAAAGGUUAACAUGGUCUGUUUCUUGUCCAGUCCAUAACUCUACCAUUAAUGAAGGGAUUUUAACGUAACUUGGCAUUAAUGCUUGCAGGCAUUUGUCAAUAAUGAUGACAGCUCUUGUUUGUAUGUAAGUAACUUAAAGUAGUAAAAGAAAAAUUACACUGUUGAUGUGUGUAGAUCUAGACACCUUAUAUAUCAUGUCUCACUGGUUCUGGUACUUUUCAUUUCACUCUCCUUAGGACUGGGGUGAUAUAAGAAAUGUAUAGAAACCAACCCUUGUGAUGCAAGUACCCAGGUCAGUGCAUUAGUAUAAUAUAAUUUGAAAAGAAUAACUUUGAUGUUGCAAACUUCACUGUAGAACAAGUGUGGUUUAUAGCCAUAGAAAUGAUGUAAAACAUCAGUAAAAUAAUUGUGUAGUCAAAGACUGACAUUUCACAUUGAGAGAACAUGUGUAAGAUUUUGAUUUUAACCAAUAAUUGAAUUAUGUUGUUGUUAUUUUAUUUUGAUAAAAUCAUGUUUGUUACAUUUGAUAAAUCAUCUUGUUAGUGUUUUGUUAUGAAAUGACAUUAAAUGCUGGUAAAACGUAUUAUGUUAUAGACACUGUUAAACAUAAUAUGAUAGAUGUUGAUAAAACAUAGUGUUAGACACUAAUAAAAUAUUGCACGAGAUUUUGAUGAAACAUGGAGUUGUUUUACAUCUUUUGAAAUGCUGUUUGCAAUACUGCUUAAGAUGUUGGACAGAGAAUGUAAGAUAGUGAUGAAACAGGUGAUGUUAGAUAUGUAGAACCUGUAUGUUAGAUAUAUAAGUGCAAUGUAACUGUAGUUUAGACUUAUAACUGUGGAGAUGAUGAUUAUAUUAAAUAAACAUAUUGGUGUUAGACAUAAUUUAUUAUAUGGACAUGGUUGUGAUGGUAAAUGAACAUUAUUGUGUAAGACAUAUUGAGGUGUAAUUAUGUUGUUAAAUAAAUAUAACUGUGUUAGACAUAUAUGAACCUGGUGGUAAUGCUACAUUGUAUAUGAACAAAAUUGUGUAAGACAUAUAUGGUCCGAGAUAAUUCUGAACUGUGUUAGACAUACAUGAAGAUGUUAAGUGAAGAUUACUGUAUUAGAUAUGCAUGUUGAUGUUUGAUACAGGUAAAAUAUAAUGUAAAAAUAAUGAUUAACAGAAUUUGAAGCUAAGGCAAUCCUUAUUUUAUGAAACAUAUUGCCAUUGAUGUAAUGUUUGAUUUAAUAAUUGAAAUG